AUGGAGACGUUAACUAAUGUUAUGAAAAUAUGUGGAAGACGUUUGUUCUUUCAUGUGCUUUUAUUAUCCACCUUUUGCUCUAGAAGCACCGUGUUUUGUCAACGUAUUGCUGCUGACAACGACGAUGCAGUGAAUGCUCAACUCAGAGUGGACGUUGCAGCAGCAGAGCGUAUUAAAAUGAACACUGGAGGUCUGUUGGGGAAUAGCAACCAAGUGCUGAUUGAGUUGAACACAACACCAAUUUGUUCUCUGGAACUAAACUUGAAGUAUCAGUAG